AUGGCAAAAUUAAUAGCAAAAAUCGAAUCUUUUCUGUUGGAAGCCCCUUUGGAAGCUAUUUGCAGUGGCUCAAUUUUUUAUUUAACAAUGGAGGAUGAUAAAGUGGCUGACUACAACACAAUUAGGAGUUUGACUGAUCGUGCAAUUAGUUCCGCCUCGUUAAAAAUAGAAGACUCUAAUCGAAAAACUAAGAUAUUGGAGAUAUUGCCACAGAUGGAGCAUGGAUAUAAUACUAUCGUUGGUUUAAAAGCAUUAAAGGCACUGAAUAUACCUCAAGAAUCGGAUCCAGAUUGUACACGAGAGGAAAUCGUACAGAAUUUUAGAACAUUGAAAUCGAAGCUUAAUUCUCCUAUGACAAUUGCGGACGGAAUUCUUUAUGAUGCUCUUAAGAGUGGAAUAGAUGAUUUAGUAGAUGUUUCUGAACUUACUUGGAAGGAUCCAAUUGCAAGUACUGUUCUCAGUGAUGAUUCGGUGGUGGUAAAUGGACUAGGUCGGAAACAGAAACGCGUUCCAGAUUAUUUCAGAAAUAUUACGCAUAAUGGAUUAUGGAAGGAGAACGAAUCUGACUUAGAAAAAAUAGCUGAACGAAUACUUAAUAUAUUAGGAGAAGUGUGGAAUAAUCCAGCUUUUGAGACAAGCGUGACCCGUAAUAUGCAAAGUGAAGGGACUUAUAUCACGGAUGUGAUCAUGCCUUUACUUCGAGCCACUCUUGGAGAUCUGCCAAAUGGCCGUAUUUGUUUAAGCACAGCUGAGCGCCAAAGCUUGGCAAGCAAGGCACGUAGAAACGAUGGAACAGGUAGGAAAAAAAUGGGCAAAAAGCCUGAUGUCAUGGCGUUAGAAAAAUGCAAUGGGAGAUUGGUGGAAUUUUUAUUCGCAGAAAGUUCGCGCAUCGUCUGCAGUGCUACUAAAAAGGUAGAUGAUGACACAAAAUUAUGGAGAGAAUUAUUGGACGGGUGGAAUACCAAGAUACUUCCAUCUGGAUCAAGCAGAAAUUCCAUUGACUUUGGACAUGUCGUGGCGUGUAAAGCCUCUGAUGCGAUUGUUAUUGACCUUAAGAAAUAUUGUAAUUGUGAACAAGAGUUUGCUCGUGCAGGCGCUGGAACAGGCUACUUCACACCCUCCUCGAAAGAUAUCAAUAUUAUUCUCGGUAACAAACAAAGACCAUUACCCAAACCCUUUAAUAAUCGUCCUGGUUAUGAUAUAAAACAGAAAGAAAAUGUUAUCCAAUGGGCCGUACGGGUUAGAGCCAAUCUUCGAGAUUUAUUAAUCGAGAAAAAAUUUAGCACGUAUCAUAGAUAUUGCAUAUUCGCCUCUUAUCCUAGAGGCAGGCUUGUAGGUUAUAAUGAUUUCCAAAAUUACUACAGACCAAAAUCACUUAAGAAUGGGACUGCUAUCUGUUUCUCGUGUUGGAAGCUAUUUCGUGCUAAUGUACAUAUAAAGCCUAAGAAAACGUUUGACUAUUGUUAUCAAAGAUAUUCGGAAAUGGUUAAACCUAAAGACCUGAUGCAGGAUCAUUGGGAUAACGAGUGCUCUAGACCUAAAACUGAUUUUGGACGUGCAAGGAUUAUACAGCAAUCUUAUAGAAAUUUCAAGAAGAGACCUGAAUACUUAGCAUCCAAAGCUUGGAAUGCGGCGAGAAAUGAUGGUACUCCUAAUGAAAAGAAAUAUUUCGGCGAAUAUCCUCGUAUUAUAGUAGAAGGUUCUGAACCUCAAAGGUAUUUUGUUAAAGAUCAAUAUGGAAUGAAAGUUCGAGCUAAAAAUCGGGAAGAUGCAGAAAAUAUUAGGGGGAGAUUUUAUACUUCCGAAGAAUGGGCAGGUAGUAAGCAAAGUCAAUUAAACGUGAGAUGGUGUAAUGACGUUAGAGAUAUAUUAAAGCAAUGUAAUUACAGAUUAGUUAAUCGCUUUGAAUACAUUCCCUGGUGGAUACUGCUUAAAUGGGUACAGAAUCCGGGAUAUUAUCUUAAUAAUGGCUGUGAAAAAUUUGUAGAUCAAAA